GAACAGCGCGCGUCCUCCAUGGAGGCCGGAGAGGAACCUCUGCGGCUGGCAGAACUCAAGCCCGGGCGCCCCCACCAAUUUGAUUGGAAGUCAAGCUGUGAAUCCUGGAGUGUCGCCUUCUCCCCAGAUGGCUCCUGGUUUGCCUGGUCUCAAGGACAUUGCAUCGUCAAGCUGAUCCCUUGGCCACUGGAGGAGCAGUUCAUCCCUAAAGGGUUCGAAGCCAAAAGCCGAAGCAGCAAAAAUGAUACAAAAGGACGAGGGAGCCCAAAGGAGAAGACACUGGACUGUGGUCAGAUUGUUUGGGGUUUGGCCUUCAGCCCGUGGCCUUCUCCACCCAGCAGGAAACUCUGGGCAAGCCACCACCCCCAAGUGCCAGACAUCUCUUGCCUGAUCCUUGCCACAGGGCUUAAUGAUGGACAGAUCAAGAUUUGGGAGGUGCAGACAGGGCUUCUGCUUUUGAAUCUUUCUGGCCACCAAGACGUUGUGAGAGAUCUGAGCUUCACACCCAGUGGCAGUUUGAUUUUGGUCUCUGCAUCACGGGACAAGACUCUUCGCAUCUGGGACCUGAAUAAACAUGGUAAACAGAUUCAGGUGUUAUCAGGUCACCUCCAGUGGGUUUAUUGCUGCUCCAUCUCCCCUGACUGCAGUAUGCUGUGCUCUGCAGCUGGAGAGAAGUCGGUCUUCCUCUGGAGCAUGCGGUCCUACACACUAAUCCGGAAGCUAGAAGGCCACCAAAGCAGUGUUGUCUCCUGUGACUUCUCUCCAGACUCUGCCUUGCUUGUCACAGCUUCUUAUGAUACCAACGUGAUUAUGUGGGACCCCUACACUGGCGAGAGGCUGAGGUCACUCCACCACACCCAGCUUGAGCCUGCCAUGGAUGACAGCGAUGUCCACAUGAGCUCCUUGAGAUCCGUGUGCUUCUCUCCUGAAGGCCUGUACCUUGCGACAGUGGCAGACGACAGGCUCCUCAGGAUCUGGGCCCUGGAGCUGAAGGCUCCCGUGGCAUUUGCUCCCAUGACCAAUGGACUUUGCUGCACGUUUUUUCCACAUGGUGGAGUUAUUGCCACAGGGACAAGAGACGGCCAUGUCCAGUUCUGGACUGCUCCUAGAGUCCUGUCCUCACUGAAGCACUUAUGCCGGAAAGCCCUUCGAAGUUUCCUAACAACCUACCAAGUCCUAGCACUGCCAAUCCCCAAGAAAAUGAAWGAAUUCCUCACGUACAGGACUUUUUAAGCAAUGCUGCACAUCUUGUUUUCUUGUAGCAGAAUAAAUCUUCCCAGCAAAGGAAUAGCUGGAAUAAUGGGCCAAACAUCUGGUCUUGGGUUKAAAUAGAAAUUCUUUGGGAUUGUGAAGAGAAUGUAGCAGACUAGAUCCCAAUGGACUGGUCAUGGGUCAUCUUCUCCAUGGCAUGUGUGAGCCAAUCUUAGAGGAGGAAAUCCCACUUCUGCAGUGACAGAGCCUUACUUUAAGUCAUGAGUCCACUUGUGAAAAGCAAAUAUUGAGCUCCUUGUAGUCAUUUUGAUUCAAAGUGCAGUUAUUAAUGUUUUGAUGAUUCAAGUAGGCCGCUAGAGCCGCUCCUUAGUGGUGGCAAGGUUUACGUGCCCUCAGCUGGGAUGUGAGCUGCGUAGCAUACUCAUYCUUGUUCCCAGUACAGUGGUGGCAUGGUUUAACGUCCCCUCCUGCUGUGCUCAGAGCUGCUUUGACAUUGGCAAGUUACCUCCCUCAGGCUCCCUCUGAUCAGCAGGACCAAGUUUCCAUGGAGCACUUGGUAUAAGGUGUUACCUGAGUAACAGGCGAAAUCAGAGGCUGUGCUCCUGACUGAUAACAAACACUAUUAUUGGCUGUUUCUUUUAUUUUUUUUUUUUUUAAAACAAUGGUGUGCAUGUGCAGGAGAUGACAAAUUUGUAUGUCAGAUUAUAUGAGGAUGUGUUCCUAAAUGCAUGACUGUUCAAAUGGCUACUGAGUUGUCAGUUGUUGGCCAUUUAUUAGCAUCAUAUUUAUUUGUAUUUUCUAAACAGAUGUUAAGGUACAACUGUGUUUUUCUCAAUGGUAUCUAAAAACCAGAGUACUGAAAUGGAACAGUAGUGAAGAUGUGUCUUCGUUGUGUAAAGAACUGGUGUUGUCAGCACUUCAGCUUAUACUCUAUGUACAACAUCUGUCUUUGCUGCUUGACCUCAUCAGACUUAUUAGUCAGUUUCAACUACCCAACAAAAAUAGCUCCUUAAAAGUACUGUUCUCCCUCAGUGGCAUGUACCUAUCUAAUCAAAACACCUUAUUCCGACAAAAUCUGCCUUAGGAAAAUCUAAUAUAUUUUAAAUUAUUUUGAAAGAAAUGCAACAUCUUAUUCUUUGGCUUUCUUAAUUGAUCCUUUAUGGAGGCAGCGUAACAAUGAGACAAGAGGAAUCUCCUCUAUCACCUUCA